CCUACCUGGGGCCCAAGUCACUGUCUCCUUCCUCUGAACCCCAGGAAAACCUAGAUGACCUGGGAGAUCCGUUCGUGCAGUGCAUUGGUGUGGGACCUCUAGCGUCUGCGGGCCGGAGGCGGAGAAAUUCGGGUGCAGGGAGCGACGCCUUGCAGGAGGCUGCCCCGCCUCCCUCCGCCUGAUUUCGUUGAGGAGGGAGCCGCCCCGUUCCCGCCCCUAACUGGCCAGGCGGCCGGGAGCUUCUAGGAGGUGGAGACCGCGCCGACCUGCAGAGAUGGAGGCAGCUAGCACCUGGGCACUGCUGCUAGCGCUGCUGCUGCUGUUGCUGCUGGCGCUGGGACUGCCCAGGACCCCGGCUCGAGGCCACCUGCCCCCGGGGCCCACCCCGCUGCCACUGCUGGGGAACCUCCUGCAGCUGCGUCCCGGGGCGCUGUACUCCGGGCUCUUGCGGCUAAGUAAGAAGUAUGGGCCUGUGUUUACCAUACACCUGGGGCCCUGGCGCCGUGUGGUGGUCCUGGUUGGGCAUGAUGCUGUACGAGAGGCCUUGGGAGGUCAGGCUGAGGAAUUCAGCGGGAGGGGAACGUUGGCAACGCUGGACAAGACUUUUGGUGAUCAUGGGGUUUUCUUUGCCAAUGGGGAGCGGUGGAAACAGCUGAGGAAAUUCACCCUGCUCGCUCUACGGGACCUGGGCAUGGGCAAGCGAGAAGGCGAGGAGCUGAUCCAAGCAGAGGUGCAGAACCUGGUGGAGGCAUUCCAGAAGACAGAAGGACGUCCGUUCAACCCUUCCACGCUGCUGGCCCAGGCCACCUCUAAUGUCGUCUGUUCCCUCCUCUUUGGCUUCCGUUUGCCCUACGAAGAUAAAGAGUUCCAGGCUGUGAUCCAGGCAGCAAGUGGUACCUUGCUGGGGAUCAGCUCCCCGUGGGGCCAGGCCUAUGAGAUGUUCUCCUGGCUGCUUCAGCCCUUGCCAGGCCCACACACGCAGCUCCAGCGCCACUUGGGGACCCUGGCUGCCUUCGUUGUCCAGCAGGUACAGCGGCACCAGCAAAGUGUCCACACUUCAGGUCCUGCACGUGACCUCGUCGAUGCUUUCCUGCUGAAGAUGGCACAGGAGAAACAAGACCCGGGCACAGAAUUCACUGAGAAGAACUUGCUGAUGACAGCCACCUACCUGCUGUUCGCUGGGACGAUGACCAUUGGUUCCACCGUCUGCUAUACCCUCCUGCUCCUGAUGAGAUACCCGCAAGUGCAACAGCGAGUUCGGGAGGAGUUGAUCCAGGAGCUGGGUCCCGGCAGGGCUCCGAGUCUGAGCGAUCGCGCACGCCUCCCUUACACGGAUGCCGUUCUGCAUGAGGCUCAGAGGCUGCUGGCGCUGGUGCCCAUGGGAAUGCCCCACACCCUCACAAGGACCACUCGCUUCCGAGGAUACACUCUGCCCCAGGGCACUGAGGUCUUCCCACUGAUCGGCUCUGUACUGCAUGACCCUGAGGUUUUCCAGAACCCGGAAGAGUUCCACCCGGACCGCUUCCUGGACACUGAUGGCCGGUUGAGGAAACAUGAUGCCUUCCUGCCCUUCUCCUUAGGUAAGCGAGUCUGCCUGGGAGAAGGCCUGGCGCGAGCAGAGCUAUGGCUUUUCUUCACUGCAAUCCUGCAAGCCUUCUCCCUGGAUACGCCAUGCCCACCAGAUGACUUGAGCCUGCAGCCAGCUGUCAGUGGACUUUUCAACAUCCCUCCAGACUUCCAGCUACAGGUCUGGCCCACUGGCGACCAGUCCAGAUGAAGGAAGGAAGGCUGGGGUGAUAGCCUCAAGGGGGUGUGUGAACCGGGUGUCUCAGAAGCUACACCAUACCACACAUCAUGUAUCCGGGCAGCUGCCAUGACCCAGGACCACAUUCCCCUACACAAACAACUACAGGACAACUGAUGUGUAUGCUUUUUUUUUUUUAAAGAGGGCUCUCUGAACCAGAGUCUGGCUAAUUAGCACAGGCAGGUCUCAAACUUGUGAUCCUCCUGCCUCAGGUUCCUGAGUGCUGGAAUUACAGGUGUGUACCACCAAGGGGCUGCAUAGGCUUUCAGACCACUUAAAUGUAGUAUACACCAUCUGGACUCACAAGCAUAUACCAGAGUCCCCCACCACGCCAGCCACCACACCGCUCCUUGUCCGCACAAUCCCAAUCCAGCUACCACCUACACAGCGUCGCAAGCAGCCCAACCAUGUUCCGUGUCUAUCACCACUGCUGCUGGGUCCCCGCCAUAGAAAACAGCAUGCCCCAGCUGGGGUCACGUCACAGCCAGAACCAUGUCCCUGUCCACGCCCAUGAAUGACCUCACCACCAUCCAGGCACAUGAGUGCCUCCAUCGAUGGCCGCCAGCCAGUCAUCCACACAGCCAGACCAUACGUGACGGUGUCUUGGCUCUUCUGAGUUUCUUCCUACUGAGACACACACCGUGACGACAAAGCUGUUUCCCGCCACCUCCACACCCUUGUUCGUCAAGCACAGUCCUUCCAACCAAUUUCCCCGAAUCCAAAUGUUUCCCUGUUUGUAGUUGUACACAUAAACCUUGUACAAAUGAGGGCCAGCAACCCAGAGGAGAAACUUCCCCAAUCAUGUUUAUGUGCUCAUGUUUCAUCAUAAUUAAUUUAUGUGCUCUGGUUCUCAAACACAUCCUGCCUUCACUUGGCAUCGAAGUCCCUGUCAGGGUGCUGGGAAUGUAGCUCAGAAGUUGAGCACUUGCCUAGCAUUUGUGAAGCCUAGGGUUCAAUCCCCAGCACUGCCCAAAAAACAAAAAAUUGAAAUCUCCAUCAAGCCAUUCCCCAGAAGGACUAGAUGACCGAAAGGAACCGGGUUCUGCCCCUCCGGAAGAGGACAGAGGCCCGGUUGGGGAUUUAGCUCAAUGGAAGCGCAAGGCCCUGGGUUAGGUCCUCAGCUCCAAAAAAAAAAAAAAGAGGACAGGGGCCAUACCUGAGCUCUUUGUGAUUUGAAAGUCCCCAUUUUGCAAUAAAAGUUUGUUUCUGGCCAUG